AUGAAAGUUUUGGGUGCGACAACACCGCAUUACGUGCGAUGUAUCAAACCAAACGAUGAAAAGCUGCCGUUUACGUUUGAGCCGAAACGUGCGAUUCAACAACUGCGUGCCUGUGGUGUUCUUGAAACUGUCCGCAUUUCAACGGCUGGAUAUCCAUCCAGGUGGUUGUACGAUGAUUUUGGACGUCGCUAUCGAGUUCUGUAUCCUGACGGAAAGGCGUUAUGGCGUAAUAAUCCGAAGAAGUUCGCUGAAAAAGCUUGUAACCGACAUAUCCAAGUGGGCAUUCUGUUUGAUUUCAUAGUGUGUUUAGUUUUUACAAGUAACCGUUCCAUUCACAUUAUCUGA